CGUACCCGCCAUGCUCGGUAUCGUUGCUAUAGUUUCUGCGAGUAUCACAGAUAACCCUGUUUAUAAAUGGCUGGUAGUUAUACAUAUUGGGGCGUGCAUAGUUGGCAUGGCUUACUCAGUGGCUUCAAUCGGACAAUUCACAGACAAUCCAAUGAAGAAAGAAGAAGGAAGAGAAUUUACCGGACUUUUAAUUGUCACAGUGUGGCUGACUUUUUGUCGAUUUAAUUGGAUUAAUAAUGGAUCCAAUACAAAGCCUAUACAAAUGAGCGUAAUUUUGACGAUAGCCGUAGUUAUGUGUGUCAUACCAAUGGCAGCAUGGAGUGUGUGUUUGAUUGUUCAAUCACCGUCAUCACCGUAUCACUGUGCAGACCAUCGUGAUGUGAUGCAAGACUGACGUUAAAGGGCCG